AUGAGCAAUAACAGUAGCGAGAUUGUUAUGGAAACGAAAAGAACUUCUGAAUGUGGAAAACCGAUUAUCGCGUUGGUUUGCGGCACACUCGUUUACUAUCACUGCGCUUUCAAGAACUCUGCUAUCGUUUCUCUUUUCUCCGAUGUCUUCAUUGUUCUUCUCUGCUCCCUCGCCAUUCUCGGUCUUCUCUUCCGUCAAAUGACCAUUCAAGUUCCGGUGGAUCCUCUUGAGUGGCAAAUUUCUCAGGAUACUGCUAAUACUAUUGUUGCUUCUUUAGCUAACACCGUCGGUGCCGCUGAGUCUGUUUUGAGGGUCGCCGCUACCGGCCAUGACAAAAGACUCUUUCUUAAGGUCAUUCUUUGCCUUUAUGCAUUAUCUGCUCUCGGACGACUUGCUUUCGGUAUUACUAUUGCAUAUGCUGGACUAUGCUUGUUUUGUCUUUACAUGUUGGCGGAAUGCUCUCAAUCAAUCAGUUCAGGUCUAUCCUGGUUAUUGGGAAGAAGAAAUGACACUAGUGGAGAACAAGACACUAUCAUGUAA